AUGACUACUAUUCAACCAUCCAUCGAGUACCUGUCUACGGGAGCGAAUAGACAGACUGCUGCCGCUGACUGGAGUCCAUGCGGCCUGCUCGCCUUCGGUGCUGACUCCAAUAUAGCCCUGUGGGCGCCUUCUUCUGAAAAUGCAGAGGGUAUCACGACCCUUCUGAGUGGGCAUAAAGAGGUUGUGAAAGCAGUCAAGUUCCUUCCUCAAGCACAAGGCGAGGACCGCAGGCUCAUUAUCAGUGGUUCCGAUGACCAAACACUGAAGAUCUGGGCUCUGGACCCCAAGAACAACCAAGGAGAAUGCAUUCAAACGAUACAAGAGCACACUGCGCCUGUAAACUGCAUAGCAAUCUUGAAGUCCAGAAGCACGCCUAAGAAAGUUUUCCUGGCUUCAGGGGCUGCUGAUGCAACCAUAAAGAUCUGGGAGUUUACCUCAGGCCAACUACAGCUCCGCCAGACCAUCAAGUCCGCGCCGAGAUAUUUCCCGUUAUGCCUGGCGCUGACGGCCUUGGAUGAAGCUGAGGACGUCUUUGUUCUGGCAGCUGCCGGGACCAAGACCUUCAUCCAGAUUUUCAUGGCUACCGGCGGCGAAGACACCAUCAACUUCCAACUCCAGGCGACUCUGUCCGGCCACGAGGGCUGGAUGCGGUCUUUGGAUUUCACAUGGGAAACCUCUGAACCAAACAGCGAUAUUCUGCUAGCCUCAGCAAGCCAGGACAAGUACGUCAGGCUCUGGCGCCUCCAUCAGGGCAAAGAACUUCCCUCCCUCGCAGUGGAGGGUUCGGACCCUUCCAGUGGUGCCUACCUCCCUGGCAGGUCACCAUCCAACAAAGCCCACCGCCUACAAUCCGGCGGCAAAGAUUUCUCCAUUACUUUCGAAGCUCUUCUUCUUGGUCACGAAGACUGGAUCUACAGCGCAAGAUGGUUCACCCGCGACUCCAAGCUCCAACUCCUCUCUGUCUCCGCAGACAACUCCCUCGCCAUGUGGGAGGCCGAUGCCACCUCCGGCAUCUGGGUCAGCAUGGUUCGUCUUGGUGAGAUCAGCAGAGAGAAGGGUGCGACGACGGCGACAGGCAGCAUUGGCGGCUUCUGGACGGGUCUUUGGGGUCCGGAUGGUAAGUCUGUUGUCUGCCUCGGCCGCACGGGCAGCUGGAGACGUUGGGUGUACUGCGAAGAGCGUGAUGAGUGGCAGCCCGCAGUCGCCAUCACCGGCCAUACGAAGAACAUCACGGGCAUCGCUUGGUCGCGGGAUGGAGACUACCUCAUGUCCACAAGCUCCGACCAGACGACCCGCCUCCAUGCGCGGUGGAAGAGGGAUGCCGCUGCCGGGCGUUCAUGGCACGAGAUGUCCCGGCCGCAGAUUCACGGCUACGACCUCAACUGCAUCGACACUCUCGGCGGCUCCCAAUUCGUGUCCGGCGCGGAUGAGAAGCUCAUGCGUGUUUUCAGUGAGCCCCGCGCCGUGGCACAGAUGCUGCAGACUCUUGGUGGUAUCCAGACGGUGACGGAAUCGAUGCCCGACGGUGCGAACAUGCCUGUCUUGGGCCUCUCCAACAAGGCCAUUGAUGCGGUCGACGACGACGUGGAGGUUGAGGCUGACAGCCAUUACGACCGCGACGCCAUCGACCCUGCCACGAUCGUCCGCAAGUCGAUGCUCGACAUCGACCACCCGCCCUUUGAGGAGUCGCUCUCUCGCCACACUCUCUGGCCCGAGACGGAGAAGCUGUACGGCCACGGCUACGAGAUUUCGUGUCUCGCGGCCAGCCACGAUGGCAAGCUGAUUGCUAGUGCCUGCAAAGCGAGUUCGCUCAACCACGCCGUCAUCCGCAUCUUUGAGACGGAGCGCUGGACAGAAGUCAAGCCGCCGCUGGCUGCGCAUACUUUGACAGCCACUAGGCUUCGUUUCUCCCCUGACGACCGCUUUCUUCUUAGUGUCGGACGUGACAGGCAAUGGGCUGUCUUCCAACCGGACGAGCAAGAAUCUUCCAAGUACGAGCUCCUCCAGACAAAUCCGAAAGGCCAUACCCGUAUGAUUCUUGACGCCGCCUGGGCUCCAUCCACAGAUGCUAGAGUGUUUGUCACGGCAGGACGUGAUAAGAAGGCCAAUGUUUGGGCUAGCAAAACCCAAGAUGGUGGCAAGACGGAGUUUACGCUCGCAUCGAGCAUCGCAUUCGACGGCCCCGUCACGGCUGUCGACUUCCUCGGCAGACUAGGCCCCGGAGGUGAACUGAUCCUUGCGGUUGGCACAGAGUCAGGGAAGAUUUCCAUCUAUACCUUGGCCCCUGAGAGCUUCCAAUCGACUGCAACACUCCAACUGGCACCGCAGUAA